AAAAUAUUAAUUAGUAAUUAUGACAUAAAACUAGAACAAUUAAACAAAUAAAUUACUAAUUAAACGUACUAAUCAUUAUCUUUGUCAACUUUUUUUUUUUAAUAAAAAUACGUAGAUUAUUAGAGCCGGUCCAAAUGCAUUUGAUUAGAAACUUGCGAACGAUAGUAUCAUACUAUGUAUUCACUUAGAAACGUACUUAAAAAGGUAUUUAUUGAUCGUAAUGAUAUUAUUAUGUUGACACGAUCAAAAACACUUACAACCAGUAAUAUAUUAUCGAAACAAUAUAUUGUACAACAUGAUCCAAGUGAUGGGAAAUUUUUUAUUAAUUUAAAUGGUGAUACGGCAUUUGUUGAAUAUGAAAAAUUAGGUGAUAUUUAUAAUUUUUAUGAAACACAAGUACCUGACGCAUAUAGGGGCAAAGGUAUUGCAAAAUUAUUAGCACAGACAGUUUUUGAUUACGCAAUUCGAGAUAAUAAAAAAAUUCAAUUAUCUUGUACAUAUUUACAAAAAUUUUAUCAUGAGAAUUAUGAAAAGUACAAGAACCAUGUCUUAGACGACGACGUCGAACAUUAAUUCCCAAUCAAUAACAAAAACAAAACAAAAAUUUAUAUAUAUACUUAAGAAAACAGAAAAAAAAAAUGGGUGAAAGCGAUAUUGAAGCUCAACUAAAUUACCUGUGUCGUGAUAAAUAUUAUCAUGCAGUCUCAAACGAGACAUCAUCAUACCGUCAAAAUAAUAUUUUUAAAUACUACAAAGGUUUUGCCUUACUUUUGGGUGGUGGAAGUUUAGUACCCGAAUCAAUGCGUAUCUUAGAAACCCUAGAAUCCGAUGAUAAUUUAAAUAUUGGAGUGAUUUUAACAUUAAUAUACGCACAUAAAAAAUCGGUUGUUAUCGAUCGAGAUGCUAUUAAAGAACUCGAACAAAAUUUAAAAGAUCGACGUAAACGUGCCUCCACACAAGCUUUCUAUUAUGCUGCGUUGUUUUUAUACCAUGCCUCAAAAUUUGAAAAGGCACGAGACUAUGUGGAUCGUUCAAUUAAAUUAAAUCCCGAUUAUGUGCCAGCACUAUCUUUAAAAGGUUGGAUUACUCUAGCAGGAAAUUCAACGGAUGAUGCAUUACAUUAUUUUCAACUUGCUUUAGAUUUAGAUAAAAAUUAUUUAGAUGCACUUUUAGGACUGGUUACAGUCGAUAAAAUGUUGUAUAAAUAUGAUACAGCAAUUGCAGUACUUAAUCGUUUAAUCGUUAAACAUCCUCAAUUAGUAGUUCCACUUAUUGAAAAAAUGAAGGUUCAAUUAGCUCAACGUGAUUGGGAUCAAGUUCUCGAAUUAUCAAAUCGUAUCUUAAAUUUAGAUAAAAGUAACAUGGAAGCGAUUAAAUUACAAGCGUUAUGUAUGUUAAAUCGUGAUGGAAAAAUAAACGAAACUGUUGGAUUAUUAGAAAUGUUAUACGCGGAAAUGGAGUUAAAUGAACCGAAUAAUGUUCCAUUAUUCACAUCAAUCGCACAAUUAUUUUCCCGAAUAUGUGGUCGAAAUAAUUUAAUUCUCCAACAAACGUAUAAAUUCGCGAAAAAAUCAGUGGAAUUAGCUCCAAAUAGUGUGCAAUCGUUAACUGAACUAGGUUAUCAAUUAAUGUUGCAAGAUAGUUUGGGGGACGCUAUGGAAACUUUUCAAUCGGCAACCAAAUUGGAUGAAUCUUCCGUGGAUGCAUUAACAUAUUUGACAUUGUGUCAAUUAACCCAGAAUAAUAAUUUAGCUCAACAACAAAUUGAGCUACUACAUGAAAUUCAAGGGAAGAAAACAUCGAUUUUGUCAUACAUGUCUGCAAUUUUAGUUCGUGGUGAAGCUGAGAAAGCUUUAAUUAGCUUAAAUGAAGCUGUUGCGUUACAUCUAGAACAUUGUAGUCAUCUACCUUACAGUGAUAAUUAUCUCAAACAAUUCGAUCCAGAUUUUCUUAUCCAAAUUGUUCAUGAAUAUAUGCGAUAUUUUCCACCACAACAAACAAGUUUCAACGUAAUAACAUCCUUACCAAAUGAAGCUGUGAAAAAAUCAUCGCACCUGUUAAAGAAAAUUAUUGAUAAUUGUCCCGCUUUACUCGAUGCAAUUUAUUUGCUAGCUAAAGUUGAGUUUUAUAGCGGGGAAAUAACUUUAGCUACAAAUACGCUACAACAUAUUAUCAAAGAUAUCGAUCCAACACUUAUUGACGCUCAUUUAUUGUUAGCUCGAAUAUUUUUACAUCAAAAUUUACACCAGCGAGCAGCCCAAGUGUUAGAAAUAUGUGUAAGCUAUAAUUUUCGUGUUCGAGAAAAUCCACUGUAUCAUUUAAUAAAUGGUUUAAUCGUUAAACAUUAUGGUAAAUACGAUGAAUGUAUCGAGGAACUUCGAAUUGCUUUGGAUAGUUCGAAUGAUGUAACAACGUUAAUUGAUCGUUCAACGUUGUAUUUAGAGCUAGUUGAUGCGUUAAUGUUAGCAUCAAAACGAGCUGAAGCUGAAAAAGUUAUACAAGACGCGAUUAAAGUGUUUAGUGGAACUUCGGAACAGAGUCGUAUUUCAAUUGCAAAUGCGGAUUUUUGUAUUAAAAAUCAAGAAUUUGAGUUAGCUUUUGAUUUGUUGGAACAAGUAAAACCUGGUGAUCCAUAUUAUUUACAAGCGCAUACAAAACUUGCGAAUUUAUAUUUACAUAAACGACGUGAUCGUGGUGCAUUUACAAAAUGUUUCCGUGAAGUUGUUGAAAAUUGUCCAGGUCCAGAAACAUUUGUAUUAUUGGGUGAUGCUUAUAUGUCAGUGCUAGAGCUGGAUCUAGCAAUUGAAUCAUAUCAACAAGCUUUAAAACAAAACGCUCACGAUACAGAAUUAGCGAAAAAAAUGGGCAAAGCAUUAGUAACAACAUUUCGUUACGAUGAAGCAAUAAUUUAUUAUAAAGAAGCAAUAAAAAAUCCAAAUAAUUUCGCAUUAAAAUUUGACUUAGCUGAUCUCUACGUGAAAUUAGAUCAAUUCGAUGAAGCUGAGAAACUAUUAGCUGAUGAUAUUGUGGAUAAUUCAACCGAAGAUGAUGAUAAUAAUCCGUUAGCGCUUGCAGCAAAAGUUAAACAGCUAAUGUUGUUGGGUAAAGUGCGUGAAAAUGCUGGGAAAUUAAAUACCGCGUUAAAUGUAACAAAAGAGGCACGAGAUAUUCAGCAUAAGUUACAACGACGAUCCAUUAUGGAUCAAACGGGUGAUAUUGGAGAACAAAAAUUAAUUUUAUCGGAUAUUUGUGUACGAUUAGCUGAGAUAUGUAAAGCGAUGCGUGAUAAUGAUCAAGCUAUACAGCAUUAUAAAGAAGCUUUGAAUGCUGCUCCAAAUCAAGCUGAUAUUUUAAUUAGCUUAGCUAAACUGUAUUUACAGAUGAAUUUUCGUGAACAAUGUGAAGAAAUUUGCAAUUCAAUUUUAUUGAAUGAUCCGGAACACGAGGGUGCUUCAAUCAUAAUGGCUGAUUUAGCUUUUCGAAAGGUUGAUUUUGAUAUUGCAAUGCAUCAUUUUAAGCAAUUAUUAUUAAAACAGCCGCAUAAUUGGACAGCAUUAGCACGAUUAAUUGAAGUGGCACGCCGUACUGGGAAAUUAGAUGAAAUUCCUGAGUAUUUAAAGCGUGCUGAAAAUGACACAAACAUCACAGUUACCGAAUCAGGUUUUGCAUAUUGUUCAGCGUUAUACGAAUGGUACUCAAAUAACUUAAAUGCUGCGCUUCGAAACUUUAACAAAGCUCGAAUGGAUACUGAAUGGGGACAAAAAGCAAUUUAUAACAUGAUCGAAAUCUGUUUAAAUCCAGACGAUGAUUUUAUGAACAACGAUAAUGUAUUCAACGAUACCGCUGAUAGUAUCGAUUCACGUGUUAUGGCCAUUGAAAUGGCUGAACGUUUACACCACGAAUUAAAACCGAAACAAAACGAUGACGAUGAUGCCUUAAUUUAUCGACUUUAUAAGAAUUUUAUUCAACUAGCAACGAAACAAAAACCAAAUGUUGAGCGUGCAUUACAAGAUUUUUCAGCCAUUGCCUCUCAAGACGCAUACAAAGAUCAUGUUGGACCGAUUUUAGGAAUGGCCUCAGCAUAUUUAUUGUUAAAACAAAAUCAACGUGCACGUAAUCAUUUGAAACGUGUUGUAAAAGCUCCAUGGAGCUACGAAGAUGCUGAAUACCUAGAACGGUGUUGGUUGUUACUAGCUGAUAAUUAUUUACAAUCGAGUAAAUAUGAAAUCGCCACCGAUUUAUUAAAACGUGUUUUACAACAUAAUCGAUCGUGUGUAAAAGCUUACGAAUAUUCGGGAUAUAUCGCGGAGAAAGAUCAAAAUUAUAAAGAAGCUGCAUACUAUUAUGAACGAGCUUGGACAUUAUCUGGACAUUCAAAACCGGCUGUUGGUUAUAAAUUAGCGUACACAUUCUUAAAAUCACGUCAAUAUGCUGACGCUAUUGAAAUUUCAACGCAAGUCUUAAAAGAAUUUCCGGAAUAUCCAAAAAUUAAGAAGGAUAUUUUGGAAAAAGCUAGAAAUAAUUUGAGGACAUAGAAUUUAAUAGAUAGGAUUUAUUAAAGCAACAACAUGACAAAGCUAAUUCGAUAUAUGGUGAGUAUAUUUUAUCGAACGAAUAUGGUGACGGAGGUAGGAAACCUUUUAGGUUUGACCUUGUUAAAGCAUCGUAAGAUUGAGAUGGGAAUCUCAAUUUAAUAUAUCUAUCCUUUAUUGGAAAGCUAGGAUGCUUUUAAGUCGAAAGUUUUCAUUUAAUUUUGAAGGAAAUAUCGUUUGGUGAAAAUAUUUACCAUAAUCGCCUUAUUCUUUGUUCAAAAAAAUAUUUUUUAAUUUCUUUUGAACAAAUUUGAAAAAUUUACACCAUUUAGCAGCAAUCAAAAUUUUUUAAUGCACUAUCUUUUAUAUUUAUAGUAUUCCGACUUUAAGCGAAUAUUUUUAAUACAUACAAAAGGUCCCUAGCGAAUCCUUAUUUAAACAUAUACUUCAGUAUAUCGCCUAUAAGGACCAAUGGAAGUUCAAUCGACUCAAAUUGACAUCUUGCUAUGGGAAUGACAGGGUCAAGUGAAAGGGGCUUUUAAGACAAACCGUCUCGUGUUAAUGAGUCCGCUGUUCCACUCCCUUUAACGGCAGAAUUCCCAAAUCAAUCUGACUGUGUUAUUCAGAGUCAAGCGAUUUAGUUCCUCG